UCUGCCAAAGAAAGUAAAAAAAAUCCCAAGGAUAGUAAGACCCCGGCAGCUAAUCCCAUGAAAGAACUUCAUAUUGAAAAAUUGGUUCUCAAUAUUUGUGUGGGUGAGUCUGGCGAUCGUUUGACCCGUGCUGCGAAAGUGCUUGAGCAGUUAACAGGUCAGACACCGGUCUAUUCCAAGGCUAGAUAUACCGUACGUUCUUUUGGUAUUCGACGUAACGAAAAGAUUGCUGUACAUGUGACGGUGCGUGGUCCAAAGGCCGAAGAAAUCUUGGAACGCGGCCUAAAAGUCAAAGAAUAUGAAUUGAAGAGGAGCAACUUCUCGGAAACUGGAAACUUUGGGUUCGGAAUUCAGGAGCAUAUCGAUUUAGGAAUCAAGUAUGAUCCAUCCAUUGGAGAAGAAGAGCCACGGCAAAAGUUGGAUUUUCACAUCGCGUGA